AUGAGAUCCCAAGUACUCGCGACCUUCACAGCCCAGGUGCUGUCCGUCUCAGCCGGCACCAUUCUUUGGGAUGGUCGCUUCAACGACCUCACGUCGUCGACUGAUUUAAACAAAUGGUCGUGGGGCAACCAAGUUGGCCCUUACCAAUACUACAUCCACGGACCCUCCGCCGUGACGGCCUACGUCAACCUGUCGCCCGACUUCAAGAACCCGGCCGAUACGGGCUCGAGGCAGGGCGCCAAGAUCACGCUCGACAACACUGCCUACUGGAACGGCCAGAACAUGCGGCGCACAGAGCUGAUCCCCCAGACCAGCGCCGCCAUUAACAAGGGCAAAGUGUACUACCACUUCUCGCUGAUGCGCAAGGACGUCAACCCACCCGCCACGACGCGGGAGCACCAGAUCGCCUUCUUCGAGAGCCACUUCACCGAACUCAAGUCCGGCUGGCUCUCGGGUUCGCCGGGCGUCUCGGACACGCUGUUGCGCUGGUGUGUCGGCGGCCAGACCAAGUGGAGCACCGAGUGGGUUGCCGGCGUGUGGCACAAUGUAGCCUACGAGAUCGAUUUUAGCGCUGGAACUGUCGGCUUCUGGCACUCGACCGGCAGCGACCCCUUGACUCGCGUGGUAGCCCCCGUCAGCGCCAGCACAAGCAGCAACGGCGCCGACUGGCACGUCGGUGUUCUCGAGCUGCCUCGCGACGGCUACCCGGACAGCACCGAGGACUACUACUGGUCCGGCGUCUAUAUCGAGAGCGGCGACCUGACAACUUCCGUUGCCGGACCUGGGUCAGCUCCUGGGGGUGGCAGCAGCAGCAGCAGCAGCACUAGCACGUCUCGGACUUCGUCUUUGACGACGCUCACUACAUCGACUACUCAGGCCCAGGUGACGACCACAAGUUCUGUUGCUCCCACCACAACCACACCCAGCGGUUGCGCGGCGUCUCAGUGGUCGCAGUGUGGUGGCAUCAGCUACUCCGGCUGCAAGACUUGUGCUGCCCCUUACACCUGCAAGUACCUGAAUGAUUGGUACUCUCAGUGCGUGUAA